AAUAUUGUUGAUCAAGCCUACCAUUGUUGACAUCACCAUCACCAAAAUCGAUCAAGUCAUGUGAAAAUUAGAUAAAUGACAUUAAAUUUUACUGUAAAAGAAUUGAAAUCCAUGUUCCGAUUACACAAUACUGCACAUGUGCUAAUUAACUUUAAUCGGCGAGGUUAUCAAUAAAAUAUAUAUAUUUCUUGUAAUUAUUGAGGAGUAUAACAGAACAGAGUAAAGAUGGGUUCAUUGUUCCGCAGCGAGGAUAUGACGUUAUGUCAACUGUUCCUACAAUCUGAAGCCGCGUAUGCCUGUGUCUCCGAACUUGGAGAGCUAGGACUGGUACAGUUCCGAGAUUUGAAUCCAGAUGUGAAUGCUUUCCAGAGAAAGUUUGUUAAUGAAGUGAGAAGAUGUGAUGAAAUGGAGAGAAAACUUAGGUUCCUUGAGAAGGAGAUAAAGAAGGAUGGUAUACCAAUGUUAGAUACUGGAGAUAAUCCUGAUGCCCCACAGCCUAGAGAGAUGAUUGACCUCGAGGCAACAUUUGAGAAGUUAGAAUCAGAAAUGAGGGAUGUUAACUCUAACACAGAGGCCUUGAAGAAGAAUUUUCUGGAGCUUACAGAACUUAAACAUAUACUGAGAAAAACCCAGACUUUCUUUGAUGAGGCCGAACAUCAUCAUAUACAGGCAAUGCACGAGCCAAUAGUCACAGAUGAUAGUGUUGGACUGCUUGGUGAAGAUAUAGCCCGUACAGGACAGGCACUCAAACUCGGAUUUGUAGCAGGUGUUAUAUUACGUGAACGUAUCCCAGCGUUUGAGAGAAUGCUGUGGCGUGUAUGUCGAGGUAACGUGUUCCUUAAACAAGCAGAGAUAGAUGCUCCUCUAGAAGAUCCAGUCACUGGUGACAAAGUUGACAAGUCAGUAUUUAUUAUAUUUUUCCAAGGGGAACAACUUAAAACCCGAGUAAAGAAAAUCUGUGAAGGAUUCCGGGCAACACUUUAUCCAUGUCCUGAGACUCAGCCAGAGAGGAGAGAGAUGUCUAUUGGUGUAAUGACUCGUAUAGAAGAUCUCAACACUGUAUUGGGUCAGACCCAGGAUCAUAGACACAGGUUACUUGUAGCUGCAGCCAAGAACAUCAAAGUAUGGUUUAUAAAAGUGAGGAAAAUCAAGGCUAUAUAUCAUACAUUAAACAUGUUUAACCUGGAUGUUACACAGAAAUGUCUGAUAGCUGAAUGCUGGUGUCCCGUUGCUGAUCUAGAUAGGAUCCAGCAAGCUCUACAGCGAGGAAAUGAGAGGAGUGGUAGUUCAGUACCAUCAAUUUUAAACCGAAUGUCGACACGACAAGAACCUCCCACCUACAACAGACUGAACAAGUUUACUGCAGUAUUCCAGCAUAUUGUAGAUGCAUAUGGUGUAGCUAGUUACAGGGAAGUUAAUCCAGCACCAUGGACUAUCAUCUCAUUCCCAUUCCUGUUUGCUAUCAUGUUUGGAGAUACAGGGCAUGGUACUAUCAUGUUGUUGUUUGCUCUGUUCCUCAUUCUACGAGAAAAACAACUAGCAGCUAAAUCAGCUGAUGACGAGAUAUUUGGAAUGUUUUUUAAUGGACGUUACAUUAUGAUGUUGAUGGGGGCAUUCUCUAUUUACACUGGUCUUAUCUAUAAUGAUGUAUUCUCUAAAUCACUCAAUAUAUUUGGAUCAGGAUGGGCCCCAGAUCCAGUCAUGUACAGCUAUUUACACAUGGACAAAAAUGCAUAUAAGCUAAAUCCAAAUGGUAGUUGCUAUGUCAACGGACCUUAUCCAUUUGGUCUGGAUCCAGUAUGGCAAAUGUCAAUAAACAAGAUCACAAUAACAAACUCUCUGAAGAUGAAGAUAUCAGUGAUAUUUGGUGUAUCACACAUGUUAUUUGGCUUGUCACUCAGCCUACUUAAUCACAGAUAUUACAGGAAGCCAAUCAACAUAUACUGUGAGUUUAUCCCUCAGCUGAUCUUUAUGUUAUCUAUAUUUGGCUAUCUGAUACUUCUGGUGAUCACUAAAUGGUUAAAGUUCACUGAGGCUGAUAGCAGGACAGCACCAAAUCUUCUUAUAGGACUGAUUAACAUGUUCCUGUUUAACUACAAGAAAGAAAAAGAACUCUGGUAUUCAGGACAGAAAGGGUUCCAGAUAUUCCUGGUGUUUCUGGGGGCUAUCUGCGUACCAUGGAUGCUGUGUAUUAAACCAUAUCUUCUGUGGAAACAAAACAAAUCUGGGCAGCAACCCCAUCAGUACAUGUUAGUUAGUGGUGAGACAGAUUUGGACGUACCAGAGGUAGUUCACCAUGUCGACUCAGAAAAUCCAAAUACUCAUGAUGCUGAUGAUGAUUUUGAGGAAAAGCCAUUUGACAUCAGUGAGAUAAUUAUCAACCAGGCUAUACAUACUAUAGAGUACUGUCUGGGCUGUAUCUCCCACACAGCAUCAUACCUACGUCUCUGGGCUCUCAGUCUCGCACAUGCCCAAUUAUCUGAAGUGUUGUGGAGUAUGGUGAUGCGGGUUGCUUUCAGUAUGUCAUCCUCUAUUGUCAGUACAGUCAUGAUUAUUUUCUGCUUUGCAUUCUGGGCCAUGGCAACCAUUAUAAUUCUAGUAAUGAUGGAAGGGAUGUCAGCCUUCCUCCACGCUCUACGUUUACACUGGGUUGAGUUCCAGUCUAAAUUCUACAAAGGUGAAGGUUACCUGUUUGUUCCAUUCUCGUUUGACAACCUGGUGGAGUAUGGAGUAGAGGAGAAAUAAACACUGCAUGUGGAGAUUUGAAACAAGGGAGAUAAUGACAGGAAAAGUCAACAAACAGGGUGAUAAAUAUCUGCCAGAGACUACCAGAUUGUUUAAGAUUUUCCCCACAUUUACAGCAGUGUUUGUACAUGUUGUCAGUAGUAAAUUUUUGCAGUGUUAAUGUUAGAGAGUCAUUUAGUAGAAAAAAAUUUCCACUGUUAUUGUUUAACAUAUCCUAUUUUUAUUUAAAAUGCAUUAUAAGUGUGUAUCUUUUUUUCCUUUAAGUGACAUUGGUUUAUUAGUAUAAUUAAGCAGAAACUUUGCUUGUAACAAUUGAUUAAGAAAACACUAACAUUUGCAUUAAGUUUUGUGGUUUGAUUUAUGAUAUAUAAUUUUUCUUGAUUGAACAUUUGCAAAGCAUUUAAACAUAAUAUCAUUGUUUUGUUUACAUUUACUUGUUAGCAUAUUUGUUAUUUUUUUGUGAUAUUUAUUAUUAUUUCAUUUUCCAUUCUUAAGAUGUCUUAGUUUUGUUUACAGAAAUACAUCAUUUAGAAGCUUGUAUAAACUCAGACUAUAUUGCUGUUAUUGAUAGUGUGUCUAAGAUUAAAGGAAGUGGCGACUAAAUUACUUGGAAAAAAAUUUAUAUGUAUAUAUACAUGUAUAUGUAUUGAACUUGUUGAACAAAACGAUAUUAUGUUUGCCAGAGGCUCACAUCAUAAAAUUUUAUUCAACUUGUUGAAUAAAUUUAGUAUUGAACGUACACUCAUUUACUAUCCUCUAUUUAUAUAACAGCAGUAAGAUCUGUUCCAUCAUAAGUAAUUAUAUAGUUAUUGUAGUUUGUUUUUUAUGUUUGAACUUUUAUAUAAAGAGGAUAUUGAAUUGGUGUAUGUUUAAUACUGAAUUUAUUGAAUGAGUUAAAUAAUAUUGUUUUAUUCAUCAAGUUCAAUUAAUUUAGUAUUGAAUCUACACGAAUGUAAUAUUCUAUUUAUCACGUAUAUAAAAUAAGAUCGAUAAACUGUAUAAAAAGAGUCAUUUUUCAUUGCCACACAUACAGUUUAACGCUAACAUUAGCACACUUUAAACGCUAUGUUUAUAUAUGAAGCAAAUGACAUCACAUCAAAAUGUUAUUACACUAGUGUAAUAAUGUUUUUAUGAAGUUGCUUUUUUACACUCCUGUGCUGCGGUUUAUGUGAUAAAUAUAUUUAUAUUCCAUCUCUCAUAAAACAUAGUAGGAUACAUCAAGAUUGUCAUUGUGUAGGCAACUUGAGUUAUGUUAGGUUUUGUUUAUACUUUGUUGGAAUAAAUUCUUAUACUUUGUUGGAAUAAAUUCUAUGUCAACAUUAAUAGUAUGUUGAAAUUAUAUUAGUAUAGACAAUUUUUAUGAUACCAGAGUUUUAUUAGUAUCAUAGUAUAAGUUUACCAGUUGGAUAUUUUGUAUGUUUAUCAGGGCUAGCAAUAUCUGAUUUUGACAUACUUGUCCAUUUUUUCUGAUUUUUUUUAUUUUUGACUUGUCUGUAUGAUAUUUACAAAGAAAAUUUGUGAAAAAAAAUCUGUCGUCCGUAACAGGCUGUGGGACAACUUGGACAAUACAGACAGUUGAUUUUGCCAACCUUGGAUUUUCCAGUGAGAUUUAUUGUAUUUUUUUUAUUCCAUGCAAGGUGUUGACAACAGUAUACUAUCUUAGAAUACUAUAACAUUUUAAAAAUAUAAGUGCUGCAAUUUGAGUGUGACAUUUCAUAAACAUACAGAAAAUUUAAUGUAUUUGAACUUUAUUAUAUAUAACAUUAUAUAAAUCUAGAUUAUGAUGUGAUCACAAGAUCAGAGUUAUGUCCCCUGUAUGUAACCAUAUGAUAUUUGUGUGAGUCUGAGAGAGUCAGAAUUAUAACAUGUUUAAUGUUAAAGUGUGUAAUGCUAUUUAAAGCGGCCUUCAUCUUUUAUUUUCUGUUGUAAAAACAAUUCUGUUUUGUUUCAAACUAAAUAUUUCACAAAUAUUUUUUUGGAAAAGUGCAUCAUAUCACUGUUAAGCCUUCUUUAAAACAGUGUCCUGAGAGUUAUUUAUAACAUGUCAGUGACGUGUUUCUAAAAUAGAAGAUCGGGAAAUUAUUGUCUGCUUAUCUAAUGUAAAUAAAGAGAGCAGACCAGUUGAUUAGAGGUAGCGAGGGGUUUCCAUAUUGUUUAUGUAUGUUAUUAUUGGCACAUUUCCACCUUAAUUCUUUUGAUUUGACAAUUUUAUGAAACAAUUUAUCUUGGAAUAACAUAUUUAACCUUAAGAAAAGCUGAUUGCCGCUUUGAUCCAUCUUCAUUUAGCAGAAUGAUUCUUUUUUACAUUUAAGAAUCAUUCCAUUGUACUAAGAUUGAGAUGAUAAUUUUUGUAGAUUUUUUAGAAAACUUGUAGCAUCAGGAAACUGAUGAAAGGAGUAGUUAAAUAUUUGGUUAGAAAAUAUUUUAGUCUCAGCCAUUCGUGAGUAUUUAAAGCUCCCUCAAUGAAAUAAAAUCUUAUCUUACACAAUAAAUCAACAAAUAUCCUCUAUAUAAUAAAGGUGUUAAGUAGAUAAGACAAUAUUCCUUUGACUUAUGAGAACUACAAUGUACUGUUAAUAAAAUUUAUAUGGAACAAUUAUAUGUCUGAGUUGAAUAAUUUUAAAGUAUUUUGUUAAGAAAAAUAUCUUAUUCUAACACCCAAGUAGUUUAUUUAUUGCAUAUGUUUGUAAGACAAAUAUGUUACCUUACAUGAUCUAUUUUGAAUAGAAGAGAUAUUAAGUUAUAGUGUAUAUAUAGUACAUAGAGCUUGAAAUAGCACGUAAAGUAGUAUAAGUGUUGUAAAGUAUAUACAUUCAGAAUAUCUUCAUCAUUUGUUCAACACUAGAUAUAUGACUAUCUAACAUAUGUGUGCAAUACUUAAUAUUGACUACAGCUUGAGUUUUGUUUACUUGGAUUGAUGGAAAUUCAUACUUUUCAUUGAACUAUUUUCUUAGUUCUUGCGUGCUAUUGACCGACAAGUCUUUAAUUUUCGAACCAUCUGUUGUAAGUUAUAGGUGAUUAAAAACAAAACUAACAGCUUAGAGUGUUGUUGGUCAUAAAAGAAGCAGAGGUUGACCUGGCUGUAUGUUUGUGGUCAUUACAUUGACUACCUUCAAGUAAAAAUUAAAUUUAUUUUUGAUUAAAUUUGUAAAAAAAAAAAAUUGGAAUGCAUUCACUUAUUGAGGAGAAAGUAAAUAUUUUCCCUUUACUCUCACACGAAUCUCAGUAUUGUUGAUAAGCUAAUGUUGUUUGUGCUCAUUUUUGUUAAUUUAUUUAUCAAAUUACUGUAGGUAUGGUAUUAUGUGUGUCUAUUAUAUUCAACAAAUUUUGUAAAAGUUUGAAUGAUUAUGAGUGUGUGAGAGUAUGACAUUGUUUGUAUCUGUGUUAGAGGGCAUGACAUAGUUUAUGUCUGUGUUAGAGGGUAUGACACUGUUUGUAUGUGUGUUAGAGGGUAUGGCAUUGUUAUUAUCUGUGUUAGAGGGUAUGACAUAGUUUAUGUCUGUGUUAGAGGGUAUGGCAUUGUAAAUAUCUGUGUUAGAGGGCAUGACAUUGUUUAUAUCUGUGUUAGAGGGUAUGGCAUUGUUAAUAUCUGUGUUAGAGGGCAUGACAUUGUUUAUAUCUGUGUAAGAAGAUAUGACAUUGCUAUUGACAUGAUGACCUUGAAAGUUAAUUUAGAGAUGUAGCUAUGAACCCUGUAUGUGUGAAGUCUGUAUCCAUAGUGACAAUAGAAUAUGAUUGUUGUACAACUUCCAGCUCACAGAAUGUCGAUGAUUCUACUCUGAUGCUCGCUCGUACCUGAAAUAAUGCUUGGAGGGGCAUCUGAGGUACAGCUGGAAAGUCGCCAUAUGACCUCUACUGUGUUGGUGUCACAUAAAACAAAACAAAAAUAGUAUAACUUUCUGUUGUAUGUAUGAAAGAUUUUAUGUUUUCCUGUGCUGGAUCUGUUAUUGUUAUCAGUAGAUGUUUUAGAGAGAAUAUUUAUUUAUACUAACUGUAAAAUAUGAUAACUUGUAAUUUCGUGUAUACAUUAAUCUCUUUGUCAGUGCAAGUGUAUUUUUAUAGUAUAUCUUUAAUAUCAUAUGUACAUUACUUGUCUGCCUCUAUAGUAACAAGAAAAAGACAAGCCUCUCAAUCCUUAACCUGCUAGAUUUCUAAAUGCACUUGUCCUGCUAGAUUUCUAAAUGGACUUGUCCACCUAACAAUUUUAGAACUAUCCAUUAUCCAUUUUGAGGAUUUCAGGAUGAAAAUUUAAAGUUAGUCAUCAAUAUGGAGUCUGACAAGGCAACUGUGUUGAGUCUAGUCAAUGCCGGUUGGCGCGGCUCUAUACAGAUGGCAAAGGCCAAUCACCUCUGGUUUCUGCCCGGUUCAGGGGUUAUAGUCUUGAGAAUUCAAAAUGCUAGACGUCAGGUUGCAUUAGUUUAUAUCUUUGUUGAAAGAUUCUAUUUAAAUGUAACAGAGAUAUUAACUGCUACUUUACUAAGGCACAUCUAAAAUUUAAUUUCAGUAUUUUAUAUAUUUAAUAAAGAAAUGGAAAAUAGAAUAUCAAUAAAUGAACUUAAUUAAAGUUCUAGACUAUAUACAUGAAAAAUAUGUACAUUAAAAAUAUGUAAAGCAUUGACAAACCAAUAAGUUUUGCAGAAUUGAGUAUUGUCUUAAACCAUUUAAAUGGUACUGUAAGACAUGACCUGUUAGAAAUUAUUAUAUUCAUAUUCAUGGAAUAUACUUGCACUAACACUUACAUUUUGUUAUUUUACUAUGAUUGAGAUGUAUUCACUAGGAUUACUCAUUUACAUACAUUGUAAUUGAUUCAUGAAAUCUUUAAAUAGGAUAUCAUCAUUAUACAACAAAAGAGAAAAAAAUCUGUUUACCAAAGAAAUCUUAUCUGCAUAUUAUUGCAUUUAUAAACAUCUAUAGAUAUAUGUAAACAUAUAAACUGUAAGAGUGAGAUAUUUGUGGUAAUUAAUCUUAGUUUAUUGAUCAUUGUUGUUUGUUAAAGUAUUGAUAUAUUUAUUUCUUCUUUCACAUGUUAAUAUCGUGAUAAUUAUAUAGAUAUUGUGACAAA